UUAACAAAUACCUUGAAAACCCUCCCGCGAUUGACGGUUGCCAGGACAACAACAACACCACCUCAGUUAUCCACCAGAGAGACGCUGGAUGCGUAGUCUAACUGACGGAGAACUGUAAUGUCUGAGGCGGCAAAAGACAAAGGUGCUCGCAGGGCUAGUGUAAAGAAACGAGGUAGUGUUUCAUCCUUGGGAAGCCAUGAUGUCAAAGCGAAGGAGACCACAGGCAAGACCAAGGAUUCGCUCAGCACGGUGUCCUACUUGGACGAGGCAGGCCACCAGGAGGAAAACGCCCGCCUGGUGCAGAUGGAGAACACCUACAUCAUGGCCGGCCCGUCCAAACGGUUCCCAGUGCUGGUGGUGACGGACAUUCUGAAGGACGUGCUGGGGAGCUACCUGCAGGAGGAGAAGUACGACGCAGAGCUGUGUCGACAGAUGACCAAGACCAUAUCAGAAGUGGUGAAGGCCCGCAUCAAGGAGCUGUUGAUCCCCAGGUACAAGGUGGUGGUGCUGAUCAGCAUCGGGCAGCUGGGGGAGCAGAGCAUGUACCUGGGCAGCCGCUGCCUCUGGGACGCGGCCAGCGACACGUUUGCCACGCACGCCUUCAAGAACAGCUCUCUGUUGGCCGUGGCCAGUGUUUACGCUGUGUACUUUGAAUGAGUCACGCACAGACGAAGACCCAGAUCGGGGACUGAUGGCCGGUGGCCAUCCCAACCAUGAUAUGUUUGCUAUCAUGGUAAUAAACGUUGCGUUGCUUUGGCUUUUA